GACAAUCACCCUUCAGAUAUCAAACUAUCCUUCGAUUGCUAGAGCUGAAUGCGAACCAUUAUAAUUUUUGUUUUCAAAGAUUUAAACCUCAUCUACAUAUAGUAAUGCUGUGAUUGUAAUGAUAAUCCAUCCAGCUUAGUUUUAUAACAGUAGCUCUUAUAGAUAUGUUCCACAGCAUGGACGGUUCCGAUCAUUGAAAUACUCAGUAUGUAGGCCCCAGUUAGGGGCGACGGAGACGAGAUUCUGAGUCGCGACAGAGGCAAUUCGAACUCUUUCGUUUCAGUCGACCCCACGCAAAACCCAGCAAAACAGCUUGAGAAGAGAAGCAGAGUCUCUCUCUCUCUCUCUCUCUCUCUCUUCCAAAAUCCAUCAAGGCAGAAGAGCAGAAGAACAGAAGAGAUGAGAGAAGAAACAAUUACCUUGAUAUUGGUGAAUUUGGCGGGAAUCAUGGAGAGAGCUGACGAGGCCCUCCUUCCUGGCGUCUACAAAGAGGUGGGGGCCGCUCUACACACCGAUCCAACAGGCCUCGGCUCUCUCACCCUCUUCCGAUCCAUCGUCCAAUCGUCUUGCUAUCCCCUCGCCGCCUACCUCUCUAUCUACCAGAACCGUGCCCACGUCAUUGCCCUCGGCGCCUUCUUAUGGGCCGCUGCGACAUUCCUCGUCGGCGUCUCCUCCACUCACUUCCAGGUAGCGGUAUCAAGAGCCCUGAAUGGAAUUGGGCUUGCCAUAGUCACACCUGCCAUUCAAUCCCUUGUUGCAGACUCAACCGAUGACAGCAACCGUGGUAUUGCAUUCGGAUGGCUACAGCUAGCAGGCAACUUCGGUUCUCUCAUCGGUGGCCUCUUUUCUGUUCUAUUAGCUUCAACAACAUUCAUGGGGAUUCCUGGAUGGAGAAUUUCUUUCCAUCUAGUUGCAUUGGUGAGUAUUAUAGUUGGGAUUUUGGUCCGCCUCUUCGCCAAUGACCCACGCUUUUCCGAUGGCUCCAGUAAAAGUACUGAUCCCAUUGCUAGAAAAUCCUUCUGGUUGGAAUUGAAGGACCUGGCACGAGAAGCGAAGUCUGUUAUCAAAAUCCCAUCUUUCCAGAUCAUCAUAGCACAGGGUGUAACUGGGUCAUUCGCGGGGUCAGGUUUUUCAUUUGCACCAAUGUGGUUAGAGCUCAUUGGCUUCUCUCACAAAGAAACGGCAUUCUUGAUGAGCAUGUUUGUCAUUGCUUUUUCACUUGGAGGAUUGUUUGGAGGUAAGAUGGGAGAUAUACUUUCCAAGCGUUACCCGAACUCUGGUAGGAUAGUUCUGUCACAGAUAAGCUCAGGUUCGGCAAUCCCACUGGCAGCACUGCUGUUGCUAGUGUUACCAGAUGAUCCCUCUACAAGAUUUAUGCAUGGUUUAGUCUUGUUCAUGAUGGGAUUGUGGAUAUCAUGGAACGCUCCUGCUACAAACAAUCCAAUAUUCGCAGAGAUAGUCCCCGGGAAAUCAAGGACAAUCAUCUAUGCGCUGGAUCAAUCUUUUGAGUCCAUACUGGCAUCAUUUGCUCCCCCUUUUGUCGGCCUUCUGGCUCAGCGUGUUUAUGGUUAUAAACCAGUUCCUAAGGGAUUGAGUGAGGGCGUUGAAGGUGAGGUUGAUAGAGAGAAUGCUGUGUCAUUGGCCAAGGCUAUCUACACCGCGAUAGGAGUUCCAAUGGCACUAUGUUGUUUCAUCUACUCCUUCCUCUACUGCACCUACCCAAGAGACAGAGAGCGAGCCCGGAUGGACUCAUUAAUAGAAUCAGAGAUGCAGCAGAUUGAGUCGGACAAUCCUCCUGUAGAGGGAGAGUAUGCUCAAGUGCAGUUCUCUGAAUCAGAUGAAUUAUAUGUAAAGGAGAGAAGUGUGAUUGAAAUGGAAUAUGGAGAUGACAGUGUUCACGACAAUGAUGAGGAGACAUUACUUUCUUGCCAGCUGACAUUUUCAAAUAUAGCAGAUUAGUGAGUGGAGCACUCGAAGUGAGCAGAAACCAUGUUAUUGCGAAGUGGGUAACCUUCAUUCAAUCCCAAAUGCGAAGAAGCUUGUUUGGCCCAUUUUGAUGCAGCUGGAGGACGUCAGGCUUCAGAAGAUGUUACUUGGGAUGCGUGAUCUGAGGAAGCUGAUGGUUUUUUACAAAUUUCCAACUAAUAUUGAUAUCAAGCAGGCAAUUCUGCUGCGUGAUUGCUGGAAAGAUGUGUUGUAAUUCAGAUAACAAUUCUUUUUGUAAUGCUAAUCAUGUGACUGUGAUUUGGAGAUCAUUAAUUCAAUAUGGAGCAGCUCUUAGGUUCGC